AUAAAGAAUGUCUGUAAUAUUCGGUAUAAUAAAUUUUCAUGAAUGUGUUGGGUAAUAAAGAGUGGUGACAAAAUCAAAAUAUGCAGGAAGCCAGGGAAGCACGGGAAGAGGGCAGCCAUGGAAGCACAUAAAUGCAGUUUUGAACCAAGCAUUUAAUGGCUCUUUCAUCCUCUGCUAGUACACUUUCUCACACGGACAAGGACCAUCCACAGAAAGAAACCUGAAGAGACAAAACUAAGAUUCAUUCACUUUGAAUCUAUCUUUAACGGCUAUAGAAAUUUCUAUUAAAAGUUAGCCAAAACAUCUCGUGAAACUAAGGGGAAACACUUUCAGCUCCUCAAGAAACCCAAAAAAAAAAAAAAAUUAGCUUCUCUCUGUCUCCCAACAAAUGAUCCUCGUGAUGAAGAGCUCUUAAAUUUCACGAGUUUCAUAUUCUUUCACUCAGAGCUCAGAAAUGCUACCCAAACCCAGUUUUGAAUUCUUUCCAACUCCUUCAAAUACCCUGCAAUUCCUCCCAAUAGUCAUGCAUAAUAUACAUCCAGGCAUCUCCUUGAUCUUAACGUUUCCAUGGAAGCCAAAUCACUCCUUUUCUUUGCUAUUAUUUUAUUCAACUUUGGCUUCCUCCAUGCGAACACUCUACAGACUUACAUAGUUCAGCUCCACCCACAUGGCAUAACAAGAUCUUCCUUUGCUUCCAAGUUUCACUGGCACCUCUCAUUUCUUGAGCAAACUAUUUCGUCUGAAGUAGACUGUUCUUCUCGGCUUCUCUAUUCUUACCGUUCUGCCAUGGAAGGUUUUGCAGCUCAGCUCUCUAAAUCAGAGCUUGAGUUAUUGCAGAAAUUGCCUGAUGUUAUUGUAAUUAGGCCAGACAGCAGGCUCCAAGUUCACACUACCUAUUCUUACAAAUUCUUGGGACUUAAUCCCAUAGGUGAAGAUGCUUGGUAUAAGUCUAGAUUUGGUAGUGGAACAAUAAUUGGGGUCCUCGACACUGGAAUUUGGCCCGAGAGUCCAAGCUUCAAUGAUCAAGGAAUGCCACCAGUUCCCAAGAAGUGGAGAGGGAUUUGCCAAGAAGGGCAAGAUUUUAACUCUUCUAAUUGUAACAAGAAACUCAUUGGUGCGAGGUUUUUCACAAAAGGUCACCGUGUGGCAUCUACUUCAACAUCAUCAAACACUAUUCAGGAAUAUUUGUCACCAAGAGAUUCUCACGGGCAUGGAACUCACACAUCAUCCACAGCAGGAGGAGCUUCAGUUCCAAUGGCAAGUGUGUUUGGUAUUGGAGCUGGUAUUGCACGAGGGAUGGCUCCUGGCUCCCAUAUUGCAAUGUACAAAGUUUGCUGGGUUAAUGGCUGUUACAGCUCAGAUAUCCUAGCUGCAAUGGAUGUCGCAAUUAGAGAUGGAGUUGAUGUCCUGUCCCUCUCUUUGGGUGGCUUUCCAUUGCCACUUUUUGCAGACAGCAUUGCAAUUGGCAGUUUUCGAGCAGUCGAGCAUGGUAUUUCAGUCAUAUGUGCAGCAGGAAACAAUGGCCCUCUCCAGAACUCAGUUGCCAAUGAAGCUCCCUGGAUUGCUACCGUUGGUGCAAGCACACUUGACAGAAAAUUUCCUGCCAUAGUUCGAUUGGGUAAUGGACAAUUCCUUUAUGGAGAAUCCAUGUACCCAGGAAACCAGUUUUCAAACACUGCAAAAGAGCUUGAACUAGUUUAUGUAACUCAUAGAGACGCAGGGAGUGAAUUUUGCUUCAGAGGAUCUCUCCCACGAGCAGAAGUACGUGGCAAAAUGGUGGUUUGUGACCGAGGUGUCAAUGGAAGGGCAGAAAAAAGUCAAGCUGUGAAGGAAUCUGGUGGAGCUGCAAUGAUCUUAGCCAAUACAGAGAUCAAUCUCGAAGAAGACUCGGUGGACGUUCAUGUCCUGCCUGCAACAUUAAUUGGUUUUGCAGAAUCAGUAAGCUUGAAAGCUUACAUUAACUCUACAAGUAAACCAAAAGCUCAGAUCAUUUUUGGAGGAACUGUAAUCGGGAAAUCCAGAGCACCAGCAGUAGCUCAGUUUUCAGCUAGAGGACCAAGUUUAACUAACCCUUCAAUCCUCAAACCAGAUAUAAUUGCACCUGGGGUAAACAUCAUUGCAGCUUGGCCUCAAAACCUAGGCCCCACUGGUCUUCCAGAGGAUCCAAGAAGAGUGAAUUUCACAGUAAUGUCAGGGACAUCCAUGGCUUGUCCCCAUGUCAGUGGAAUUGCUGCCCUGAUCCGCUCAGCUCAUCCCAAAUGGACCCCUGCUGCAGUUAAAUCUGCAAUAAUGACUACUGCAGAUGUAACUGACCAUUCUGGAAAUCCAAUAAUGGAUGGUAACAAACCAGCAGAAGUUUUUGCGAUUGGAGCCGGGCAGGUAAACCCCGAAAGAGCCAUCAAUCCAGGAUUGAUAUAUGAUAUUAGGCCAGAGGAGUAUGUCACCCACCUAUGCACACUAGGAUAUACAAGAUCAGAAAUUUUCACAAUCACACACAGGAAUGUGAGCUGCAAUGAACUAUUGCAGAUGAAUAAGGGUUUCAGCCUCAAUUAUCCUUCCAUUUCCGUAAUUUUUAAGCACGGAAUGACAAGUAAGGUGAUCAGGAGACGACUAACAAAUGUGGGGAGUCCUAAUUCCAUCUACUCAGUGGAAGUAACAGCUCCAGAGGGAGUCAAAGUGAGAGUAAAACCUCAAAGGCUAGUUUUCAGACACAUAAAUCAAAGUUUGAGCUAUAGAGUAUGGUUCAUAUCAAGGAAGACAAUGGUAAGAGAGAAAGAGAGCUUUGCACAAGGGCAUUUGACAUGGGUGCACUCUCAAAAUAAUCUUUCCAGGGUUAGAAGCCCCGUUUCAGUGACUUGGAAGUACAAGUAGAAGAAGUUAUAAUAUCCCUGAUUGCUGUGAACUAGAUGGUUUAGGAUUUAGUUCACUAUUAGUAUUGCAAAAGAGGAUUUCUGGUCAUGAAGAUUUGUUGGUGGAAUUUAUAUAUGAUUACAGCAGUUUACUUUGUGAUAUUAAAUUUCUAAUUUAAGAUGGUUGAAAUCAGAAAUUGGUUGCUCAA